AUUUUAUAUAUCAUGUCACUUGCUGUUUUGAACCCUCAAGAAGAAUUAAAUCAUGGUGAUCUUGUAGUGAAUCAUAAUCAACAUCGUCGUCAUGUCAUCAAGAAAAAGGUCAUUGCUAUUGGUAAAAUGUCAAAACAUUUUUCAGUUUUACGAGAACAUUCAAAUUUGGUUACAGAAUUAAAACAAUUGAAUGGUGGCAAGUUACCUUUGGGUAUUUUGGCUCAAGGUGAACAAGGUUUAUUAAAUGCUAUUACCAAGUUUAAAACAGAAAAUAAGACAUUCAAGCAACAACAACAACAACAACAAACAUUGAUGAAUGAUGCUGUGGAACAAAAGGAUCGAUCAUUACAACAUAUUAUCAUCGCUACUCCUAAUACAAAGGUUGCCAGAGAAGGUCAAGUUUAGACAAUCAUCUACACCCAUCAUUCUCCCUAUAUUACUUCUUUCUCUUUCUUUUUUUUUUUUUUUUUGUU